AUGUGGUUGAUGCUCUGCCCAAGAGCCUCAUCUCAUUUUACCUCAGGGCCUUCCCACCCGCUCCGCCCCGGCCUGCACCCAGCCAACCUACCGCUCUACCCACAGCACAUCCAGCAGGGCCCAACACGCCCCCACGACCCCGCCCCAGCCUUCCAGAACAAUCCCCCACCGCCUUCCAGAGCGACCCCCUGCCGCCUUCCAGAGCGAUCCCGCCGCCUUCCAGAGCGAUCCUGCCGCCUUCCAGAGCGAUCCCACCGCCUUCCAGAGCGAUACCCCGCUGCCUUCCAGAGCGACCCCCUGCCGCCUUCCAGAGCGAUCCCGCCGCCUUCCAGAGCGAUCCUGCCGCCUUCCAGAGCGAUCCCACCGCCUUCCAGAGCGAUCCCCCGCUGCCUUCCAGAGCGACCCCCUGCCGCCUUCCAGAGCAAUCCUGCCGCCUUCCAGAGCGAUCCCCCGCCGCCUUCCAGAGCGAUCCCCCGCCGCCUUCCAGAGCGACCCCCUGCCGCCUUCCAGAGCAAUCCCGCCGCCUUCCAGAGCAAUCCUGCCGCCUUCCAGAGCGAUCCUGCCGCCUUCCAGAGCGAUCCCCCGCUGCCUUCCAGAAUGAUCCCCCGCUGCCUUCCAGAGCGAUCCUGCCGCCUUCCAGAGCGAUCCCGCUGCCUUCCAGAGCGAUCCCCCGCUGCCUUCCAGAGCGACCCCCUGCCGCCUUCCAGAGCAAUCCUGCCGCCUUCCAGAGCGAUCCCGCUGCCUUCCAGAGCGAUCCCCCACUGCCUUCCAGAGCGACCCCCUGCCGCCUUCCAGAGCAAUCCCGCCGCCUUUCAGAGCGAUCCUGCCGCCUUCCAGAGCGAUCCCACUGCCUUCCAGAGCGAUCCCGCUGCCUUCCAGAGCGAUCCCCCGCUGCCUUCCAGAGCGACCCCCUGCCGCCUUCCAGAGCGAUCCCGCUGCCUUCCAGAGCGAUCCCCUGCCGCCUUCCAGAGCGACCCCCUGCCGCCUUCCAGAGCGAUCCCCCGCCGCCUUCCAGAGCGAUCCCCCGCCGCCUUCCAGAGCGAUCCCCUGCCGCCUUCCAGAGCGAUCCUGCCGCCUUCCAGAGUGAUCCCGCUGCCUUCCAGAGCGAUCCCCCGCUGCCUUCCAGAACGAUCCCUCACACCUUCCAGAAGCGACACCCCGCCGUCUUCCAGAACAAUCCCCCACCACCUUCCAGAACAAUCCCCCACUGCCUUCCAGAGCGAUCCCACUGCCUUCCAGAGCGAUCCUGCCGCCUUCCAGAGCGAUCCCACUGCCUUCCAGAGCGAUCCCACCACCUUCCAGAGCGAUCCCCCGCUGCCUUCCAGAGCGACCCCCAGCCAUCCAGAGCAACCCCUCACACCUUCCAGAACGAUCCCUCACCGCCGUCCAGAGCGACCCCUCACCGCCUUCCAGAAUGAUCCCCCACCGCCUUCCAGAGUGACCCCUCACCGCCUUCCAGAACAACCCCCCGCCAUCCAGAGCGACCCCCACACCUUCCAGAGUGACCCCUCACCGCCUUCCAGAACAACCCCCGCCAUCCAGAGCGAUCCCUCACACCUUCCAGAGUGA